UUUGACGGGCUUAUAGGCGAAGCAGCCUUGUGGGGAUCAUGGGCGAGAAUGGCCCUCAAACUGAAACAGCUAUGUUCUUUGAAGAGGAUGAGGAUGAUGUCGACAAACUGGGGAGAGAGGACUAUGAUGUGUGCAAAAUGGCUGAUUCUGACAAAGAGGAUAUGCUGAUUUCCAAACCCUCGUCAUCCUCAACACGGGUGUACGACCGCACCACGGUACUCAUUGAACAGGACCCUAUUCAUCUAGAUGAGGAAGGAGAAGAAGAUGGCCACUGUGGGCCAGAUGAUGAUGGUGUGGCAUUUUUGGCUGAUGAGGACGGAACACUGGCCUUUAUGGCAGACCCUGACAGCAUGGCACAGGGCUACGUGCACCACACAAUCUCACCCGAUCAGAUCCAGUUCAUCAUCAAUCCGGGGUCUACCCCAAUGCCUCGUAAUAUUGAAGGAGCCACUCUUACUUUGCACUCUGAGUGCCCGGAGACCAAGCAGAGAGAGGUAAAGAGGUAUCAGUGCACUUUUGAGGGCUGUACUCGCACCUACAGCACAGCGGGAAACCUGAGGACACAUCAGAAAACACACCGUGGUGAAUACACCUUUGUUUGCAACCAGCAGGGCUGUGGUAAAGCCUUCCUGACCUCCUACAGCUUAAAGAUCCAUGUGCGGGUGCAUACUAAAGAAAAACCAUUUGAGUGCGAUGUACAGGGCUGCGAAAAAGCCUUCAAUACACUGUACAGGCUGAAAGCACAUCAGCGCCUGCACACAGGAAAAACAUUUAACUGUGAAUCAGAAGGAUGCACAAAGUACUUUACCACUCUCAGUGACCUGAGGAAGCACAUUCGUACUCACACGGGAGAGAAGCCGUUUCGGUGUGACCAUGAUGGCUGUGGUAAAGCUUUCGCUGCUAGUCACCACCUGAAAACACACGUGCGGACACACACGGGUGAGAAGCCUUUUUUCUGCCCUAGUGAUGGCUGUGAGAAGACGUUUAGUUCACAGUACAGUCUGAAGAGUCACAUCCGAGGCCACGACAAGGGUCCUUUAUACCCAAUUAGCCUCAGCCAUCCUCUGUCAGAGGAUGCAAAUCAUUCUCUGUGCCUCAGUGAUUUAAGCCUCAUUUCCACAGACUCUGAGCUUCGAGAAAAUAUCAACAAUUCUCAGAACUUGGAUCUAAAUAGUAUCACGCCUGUGAAAAUAUUUGAGUUGAUGUUACAGAGCCCUGAAAACAAUGUUAGUCAAGACGACCCACAUCCAUCUGAAAACCUAGUGGAGGCCUUCGGCUUGGAGACGCCACCCCCGGCAGCAGUGACGGAUUCGCCCACUCUCCUACCCUUCACUCAGAUGCCUUCGUCUUCCUCCUCUUCUAGCUCUCUUACCACUCCUGUCCUAGAAAACUCCGCACAGCCUGGUCCCUCCUCCUGCCAGGCAUUAUCCACCAACGGCUCCACAGGCACCUCUCCACAGUCUGCCACUUUUUCCUCUUUCCUUCAUACCUCACUACAAACACCAGAAGUGCCCACUCUAGCUGCACCUGCUGCAACCCAACACUAUACCCCAGUGGUGCCCACAGCACCUGCCAGCUCCCUACCAGUAUCUGUCUCAACAGUGGCCAGCAUCUCAAAUCCUGCAUCAGACAUUAGCACAGGAGCAGCUGCAGUAGUACCGCACACCGUGCCUUUAACAGGCAGUGCCAGUCUGGCACCCACACCCACCAUCACUAUUGCACCCACGCAGGGCCUCCUGCAGCCGAGCCUUGUCAUGUCUGACCAGAAUUUGCAGUGGAUCCUUAGCAGUGCUGCCAAUGCACAGCACAAUCCUGAGCAGCAGGGCCCAAAAGUGGAAAAGGUCUUCUUCACAACAGCCAUACCUGUAGGAGGACAUUCAGGAAACCCUGUGCAGCAGAUUGGCCUCAGUCUCCCCGUCAUCAUCAUUAAGCAGGAGGAGGCAUGUCAGUGUCAGUGUGCCUGCAGAGAUUCGGGUAAAGAAAAAACCUCCAGUCAGAACACUGCCCCCUCACAGCAGGAACCUAAAGACAUUUCUCCACCACCUACUACUCCUUCAGCCACACAUGCUGUUUCAGAGUGCUGUUCCUCCAAGUUGAGCACUCCCCUUUCCCCUGGCUCCACUCAGACUUUCCACAGUGAGGCAAUAGCGUCUAGCGCUCCCUCAGACAGCCUGGCCAAUGUGGAUGUAGUGGACCUGCUCAGCCCUGAAACCACAGCCAACAUCGAGGCACUGCUGAUGGUCGCUGAUGACUUCUCAUUGAGUGAGGACAACAGCAAUACCACCACCUAGUGGAAGUUGAGGGUCAGAUCCCCUCAUUCAUCCCUUUACAUUCAUUUCUUUUAUUAGGCACCAUUAUUUCUAAUGUUUCGCAGGUUCAGUCUGAUUCAUAACAGUAUCUUGUGUACGCCAAAGGUCACGCGUGUCAGACUUCCCAUUCUAUGACCUAUGAUCAGCUUUGGUCUUUCCUCUUCUAUAAAAUAUGAUCUUCCAGAAAUGGGCUGCUUAAUACAUGUGAAUCUUUAGGUAGUAUUUUACACACAGUGCACUCUGAUUAAUUCAGAUCUGUGCUAUUUCUGCACUUUCAAAUUAUAGAAGUGUUCCCCCUGAAAAUAGAGGUUUGUAAGUAGCCAUUUGUUUGAAGGUUCUUUCUUCUUUUUUUUUCUUUUUUUUUUUAUUUAAACCAUGUGCACUGUAUAAUAGUCCUUCCAGACAUUCUCAUGAUGUGCUAUGGUCUGUUCAAACUUCUGUAACAGUCUCUGCAGCAUAUUAGAAAAAGUGAGUAUAGGGACAAAAAAAAAACAGUUUGGAUAUGUGGAUAGGUUUAAAAACGCAAGGAAUCAAAUAAGUCCUAUCUACGAACUCAGAUUAUACAAAAUACAAGCAAUAUUAUAAAUUCUAAUCAUUCACAUGGCAACAUUUUAUUAUUUUAAAUUGAGUUAUUUAGUCUAGUUUCAAGUAGAAUAGGACAUUUUCUAAGGUACAGGCCAGUCAUAGAUUGUGAAGAACUUAAUGCACUGAGAACAAUUUACCAAUACAGAUUCUACUUGUUGACCAGGAACACUGAAAUUAACAAAAUGAAAUGUUCACGUGAUUUACCAGAAUGUACUGCAUGUAAGUGUAAUUGGCAUAUGUGGCCUCUUUGGUGGUAAAGCCUUUUUAGAAGCCUAUCCAGAAUAUGCCACAAUAUAUGACAAAUAUUUUAUGUGUAAUUUAUUAAGAACGACUACAGUAGCCCAUGAAAUGUGAUUAUCUUGAAGCAGUUUCUGUUAACAGAAAUGACUUGCUUUUAAGUGUAAGUGAUAGUUAUAUGUGAUUGGCUGCCUGUAACAUUUAUUUAAUUUUUAGAUGUUAAUUUAUUAAAAUAAUUUUUAUCAACAAGCAUCAAUGCAGUACAUAUUUUCGAUAAAAUAGCCUACUUUUUAACUUGGUGGACCAAGUUAUUUCCUUUAACUUUUUAUUUUUGGUGGAGUCAGCCACUUGUGGUUAAGAGAGAUUUUUUUUUUUUUCCUUUGUUUUGCUUUUGGGUUGCAGGUUAGGCAGGGUAAUGCAGCUGCAGUUGCCUAGCCUAUUGCUGCUUUGUUGUUACUGAGCUGAAAUCAGCCUCUGACCUUUCUUCCUUUAUUUAGACCCAUUUAAGUCUCACUGUUGUGGCCUGCUCAGGGAUAAAGAAAAUCAAAGCCGAGGUAUAGAGUCAGUCCCUGAAAGUACAUACAAUUGCAACAGAACUGUAAGAACUUGAGCUGUUGUGUACAUCUAGAGAACGUCUAGUAAACUUCCCUGCACCAGUAAGCCAGUUUAUACACCACUGCUGUAGAGGUUUUAAUGAGUUUAUUAUAAUGUAAAUGUGUAUUUGAAAUUACAAAUGUUUAAGCCCUUAGAUUGUAUUUGUAUUUUUGUAAAGAACUGUGGUGGGUAAUCACACUUUGGGUUUGACAUGGAGGACAUGACACUGCACUGCCCAUUUCUUUUGCAAUCUUGCCAUCACUUCACAAUGCAGUAGAUUUUGGAAUGUAUUUUUUUUUCCUGGGGAUAGGGGUUAGUACCUGGGUUAAUACAGGAAAUACACAAACAUUGUGCACUGUGGCAUGAAAUAGCUACUGUAUUCCUGUUACCCAUGAUCAGGAAACUGCCUUACAGUUUUAAUACAGGGUAGCGUUUGGGCUCCUAUCUUAAAUAAUAAAAAAAAAAAAAAAAAAAAAAAAAGAUCUACUUGCCACAAAGCUUUACAAUCCCUACAAAUUGUGACAAAAUAUGUCUUGUUACAUGACAUUAAAGAUGAGACAUUGGCUAGAUGUCAGUUAAAUUUGAUACAAAAGGACUUUUUUUUUCAACCAGGUAUGAUUCAAUCACACGAGUUUGACAGUUCAUACAUUUAGGAAGGGCCUGCAGCUAUUGAUGCAAAUUAAAAUUGUUGCAUGUUAUUGUGCCAGUUUAUUCUUUAACAUUAGUAUUUAUUCUUCAUAUUCUGUUUGGAAAAAGUGAGGACAUCUAUUUGUACAUUUUUAAAUGAUCAGUGUUAUUUAAAGGCUAAUUUUGCGCACUGUUCGUGAUCAAACGGGGUCCAAUAGCACAGAAAUUGUAAAAACUGUUUCAGUUGCACUUGUUAUACUUUUCCCUUACUGAAUGCUAAUUUUGGCCAAAUGUAGAAUUAUCUAUGCAAAAUAUGUCUGUGUAUUUUAUGAACCCAGAUCCCUCAGCUGAGCCUCAGCUCCCUUUGUAAAUGCCUAGUGAAAUAACACAUUGCAACACCUUGCUUUAGUCUUUAUUCAAUGUUAUGCAAGUUCCCACUAGCACAAAUCAACUUUGUCAAAUUGCAGUUAAUAUGUAAAUAUACUACACACGCCUUGCUAGUGGGAGCUAUAAUAUAUGGUCUCAAGAGGCCUUUGGUAAAUCAACAGUUGCAUUUAGUUUUAAGCUUUUAUUUAUAUGAGUGACUCGUGUAUGGGCAUUGUACUCUUUUUAAGAGUUGUUUUCCAUUAAAAGUAUGAGGUGCCCCAACAUUAAUGCAUGCUAUUUAAAGGGGAAAACUCAAUUUAUAUAUAUUUUUAAGUAAUACAAUUCUGUUGUAAGAAUUGUAAUUGACCAGUUUGAUUUUUUUCCUUUAUAAUUUUGGUAUGAUUUGAUCAUCUCUUCCCCCCACGACACUGGAAUCGAGGGCAUCAACAAAUCCCAAGUCUUGCUCAAGCUUUUUAAUUUAUUCUGAAUUACUAUGAGUUGAUUCAGAUAAGAAUGGGAGUGCUUACAGUUAACUGCUGAGAUCAUUCUUUUUCACAUUCUAUGGGACUGCUGUUUUUUUUUUUUUUUUUUGCAUACAACUUUUCCCUCGAAUAAUCAAUUUGCUAAUAUUGUGAAGUUUGUUCUUUUCCAGGUUUAAAGCAGAACAUUGUAGCAUGCAGUGGGUUAUGAAUAAAAAAUCUGAGCAAAAGUGCAAGGGUCACAAAAUGGGGAGACAAAUGCUUCCAACGGACUUUUUGAUACCCAAAGUGUGAGGACAAACUAUAAAAGGAUCUGUAUUUUUA